AAUCGGCAAGUGAAUAUUUGUAUUGAGAAUAUAUGUAUAAGGAAUUUUAUUAUUCACCAGAGCGUUUACGCAUCUGCAGAGCGUGCUGCAUUUCAAAAAUCAUUUUUUUAAGUUAUAUAUAUAUAUAACAUUAGAACUUUAUCAAACAGACAUAUCAGUAUGAGGAAUCCAAACCGAGAAGUAUUUAAAUAUCAUGGAAAAUGCAAGCCCAAAUUUUAUAAUCAGUUUUUCAAUCCGAAUAUUUGCCACCAAGAAGCACAAAAAGGUACACCAAACGGAACAUGCGGAAAUUUGCACAAUUAUAGCAGAAGUUUUGAAAGUAAAACCGCAGAGAGACACUCGUAGGUACAACGACUGGCAACAAUGGAUCCAAUCAAGAAAAGAAUUUAUGAAAUUAGUCCAAGAGAGAUGGGGCCGCCCAAUAGACGAGUACGUGAACCAGGUGAUAAUGUGGUCAAAAUCAUGUAUUGUUUGUUAUCAACAAGCUGAAUUACGGGUUUGCCAAAGAUGCUUUUCCGUUAAUUAUUGCAAUGAGCACGUGGAAAUUUUUAAUAGGAAACACGGUGAGGCUAAAUGCGACCAAUUCAUGCUACUGUUGAAUAUUAAUAUCGAAACUAUCUCUGGUAAUACAACUGACUUAUCGUACAAAUUCCUUUCGUUUGUUAAUGCAAAGAGUCAUUUUGAAGAGAUGCUUGAAUUUUGUCUUGAAUUUAUGAUAAUGCAAAAAAGAGAUCUGGAUUGGAUUGCUAAAGACUAUGUCUUAUCUGAUUAUCUUUCUGAACCACUAACAGUCUAUUCUGGGUUAAAGAGAAUAAAUUUGUUAAAUGUUUUACAGGAAAGUUGUCCUGUUAUUCAUAUUAUAUCUAUAAACUCCAUAGGCAGAAAUAGUGCAGCGACUUGGGAAAUUUUGUUGCAUCUUCUACCCGAAGUGUUACAGCUAAUAAUCGUUUUGAUAGACCCAGAAUUAACGUAUAGUUCGAAAAAAUACGAACUUUGUUAUUGGUGCAAAAUGGAGAAAAGGACUCUUUAUUUCGUUACUAUUCCUGUAAUAUACUAUAAAUUUAUAAAUUCAUUUGAAAAAUGUAAUAAAAACCCAAAUGUGAUAGUAGGAUUUCAUGUCAAACUAAAUGAAAGUGACACAUGGUCGAAAUCUAUAGAAAUGAUACAAAAUCUCUCCUGUCCGUUACUUUUGGGUUUUUCAUGUAAACAAGAAGCGCAAAAAAGUAUAACUAAAAUACAAGAAGUUCUAGAAACAAAUAUAAAACCUACUUUUAAUCAACGAAAUCACUUUGGUGGUCUUGCACCUCACAGAGACUUAGAUACUGAUGAUAUAUAUUUUCGUAAUGAACAUUUACUUAUUUACGAUAGAUUAUAUUGACUUGAUUCUGACCAAUCUACCAGUUAAUGCGAAUAGUUGUACCUUCGCUUUAGUAACAUUAUCCUGCUAUUUGUUGUAUUAAUAUUUAUUUUAACAAAACAAACAUUAAAUUGUUGUUAUAAAUAAACUAUAAACGUCUUUAAUGAAGAAGAGAAGAAUUAAUCUGUUUAAAAGUUUAUCUAGAAUUUACCUCAAGCUUACUAAAUAUUUGCACGUACUCGCAUCGUUUAUAUAUUUUCGCACAUCAUUAUGGUUGAUUUUUAUAGUUGGAGUCGGAAAUAUCUCAAAUAUUAUUAAAAAUGUAUAAUGUUUAUGAACUAAGACAAAAUUUAAUAUAAAAAAAAUCAAAUAUCGUUCAAUAUCUUAAUGAAUUGCGUUUUUUAUCGUCACUUUGUCUCCCGAGUAAACAGUAAUUAUCAAUAACAUAAUAUUAAUGUCAUAAUUUCUUAUUCAACAAUACAAUAUAACGCGAGUGUUAUAUAACAGUUACAUUGUUAAGCGGGAAAUUAUAACAUUGAUGCAAUAUUAUUGUUAGUUGGUGUUUACUCGGCCGGUGUUUUUGUAUUUGUCAACAAAUGAUACCUUGUAUUCAUUACUUGCGAUAUUAAAAUUUCUUUCUGCAAAGUCAUUAUAUUCAUACUCGACAUAUUACGCUAAAAAUUAAUAAUUAUUAAAUAAUUCUGCAAUAGCUUUUCUAAGUCACGUCUGCUUGAUAAUCUAAUUUUUCUUUUUUUUUAAAUAUAAUGUUUUUAGUUUCCAAAUAUAUGAAUACACACUUUUUUACAUACUGUUUUUACAUGUACAUAUCUUCUUCGCUCAUUUUAAAAUUUAUUCAGUAUAUUCGAUUUGGAAACGAUUUGGAAAUUUCUAUAUCCUUGUAUCUCUGGUCACAUUUUAAAAUGACAACAGUUCCCGAGACACUUAGAAACACAAAUAAACACUUUAUUAUUGUCCUUCGAGCAAUCGUCGAAUGAAUUUAUAUUGAGAAUUUAUACAAGGAAUUUCAUUACUCUUGCUCACAUGCCUAGUUUCGCAAAUCAUUUCUCAAGUAAUAUUACACACAUUAGUAUUUAGAAAUCUUCAUUAAAUAGACAUAUCAGUAUGAGCAAUCCAAAUAGAGAAGUGUUGAAGUAUAGAGGAAAAUACACGCCCGAACUUUAUAAUCAGUUUUUCAAUCCGAAUAUUUGCCACGUUUGCAAGUCGAUAGAUAGAGACAAUUUGAUAUUAUGUGACCAGUGUUGCUUGAUUUCAUACUGCAGCAAAGAGCACAAAACGAUACACUACAUAGAACAUAUGGAAAUCUGCACUAUUAUAGCUGAAGUUUUGAAAGUAAAAUCGCAGAGAGACACUUGCGGAUACAGCGACUGGCAACAAUGGAUUCAAUCAAGGAAAGAAUUUAUGAAAUUAAUUCAACAAAAAAUUGACCGACCUAUGGAGCCAUACAUGCAGCAAAUGAUCUUGUGGUCAAAAUCAUGUAUUGUUUGUUUCAAACAAACUGAACUGCGUGUUUGCAAGAGAUGCUUUUCCGCUAAUUAUUGUGAUGAGCACGCAGAAGUCUUUCAUAAGAAACAUUAUAACGGCAAAUGUGAUCGUCUGAUGCUAGCACUCAAUAUAGAUAUCCAAACUAUCUCUGGUAAAAUUACUAAUAUAUCCUACGAAUUCUUUAAGCUGGUUAAUUACUGUAGUCAUUUUGAAGAGAUGCUGGAAUUUUGUAUGAAAUUUAUGCUAAUGCAAAGAAGAGACCUGGAUUGGAUUACUAAAGAUUUUGUCCAGUCUGAUUACCUUUCAGACCCAUUGACGAUCUAUUCCGGAUUAGACAGAUUAAGUUGGUUAAUUAUUUUACAACAAUAUCAUGUUAUUAUUCAUAUUAUAGCUGCAAAUCCUAUGAAGAGAGAGGGUCUACUAGCUUGGGAAAUUUUGUUACACCUUGUACCUGAAUUGCAGCAUCUAACGAUUAUAAUGAUAGGGUCAGAAUUAGUAUAUAAUUCUGAUUCACCGAAACUUUGUUUUUCUUGCAUGUGCAAGAAAAAGGAAUUGACUAUACUUUCGUUUCCUAUGUUAUACCACGAUUAUCUAGACUCAUCUGCGAAAUUUAAGAUACCAACUAUUAUUAUAGGAUUUCAGGUGGAACUUAAUAAGAGUGAUACAUGGUUGAAACCUCUAGAAGCAAUCGAGAGUCAAUGUACUCCGUUAUUUUUAACCUGUGUAUCCGAAAAAAUAGCGCGGAAUAACAUAAUUAUAAUACAAGAAGUUCUGGAUAAAAUCGUAGAACCUAUUUUUAGUAAAAGAAAUCAUUUCAGUGGUCUUACACCACAUAAAGACUUAGAGACUGGCGAUACCUAUUUUCGUAAUGAACAUUUAAUUAUCUACAGCGAUUUGCUUCUUUACGAUACUGACCAAUCCAUUACUAGCUCGGAAGAAUAAUUGUACUAUCGCUUUAGGAACAAUACCAUAAAUUGGAUACCAUAAAUUAAGUUUUUGUGCAUACAAACACACACACACACGCGCGCGCGCGCGCGCGUGUGUGUGUGUGUGUCAAAUAAACUCUGAGUGUUUUUAAUAAAGAUUACCCUUUUUCAUCGCGCUUAUAUUGUUUUUCAUCGAUAAGGUAUUAUUAUAGUAAUAGAUGUAAUAAUUGAAUAAUCACAUAACAUACUUUAUACAGUGUAUUUAACAAUUAGUAAUUUAAUUAAGACAACGAAUAAAAUCCGCUCGUAUUAAUAGUAA